AUGUCUCGCAAUCCCCAGAAACACAUCGACGCCGGCAUCAAGCAGCUGGUAGGGCACAUCAUCCCAAAGGCAAAUAGGCAGGAGGACCGCGAGUUCGUGCAGGAGACGGUCGAUGACCACAUAGAGCUGGCACAUCAGAUCUUGGACAACAACCGAUCCGCUGCCAUUGCCGCCGAUGCGAACCAAGCCCACGACCUUAUCAAGAAGAAACUUGUCCAGACCGACCCAAGCGCUGCCCUUCGCUUCACGCACCUGUACACCCGCCUCUUGACCCUCCCAGUGCUACAGCAAAAAUGGGCAAUCCUGUACCUACUCUACCAGCUCGCCGACUCGCCGGACCCUGACGAGGCCUUGCCCCUUGAUACCCUACGACAGGUCGCCGAGAACAGGAGAGUCGAGGCGCUACGUCGCAGCGAGACCCAGAUAUCCCAAAAGUCCUCAAGAUCUGCUUCGAGAACGGACGACGACCAGUUUAAGGAAGCCUUCCAACCAGAGGGUCUGAGGAAGUUUCCCUCGGAGGAGGCAAGGAAGGGGCCAGACGAGUCGGCUGAGCUUGAUCAGGACAAGGCCAAGGAGCCGAGCCGCAGUAGAGACGUGACUCUCAAGUCCAAGCUACUUGCAGAUAACCACGUCGAAUUGGACCCUCCCGAGACAGUAUUGCUGAGGGACCUACCUUUCACUCUACAGGGCCUAUCCUCAACUACGCUGCCCUUCACCAAAGAGACCACACUAAAGCUGCCUCCCACACUGCCGCCACCUCUAAUAUCAUUGCUGCAUAGCUUGGCUGAGCCAUCAUUGCUCUACAAAGGACUUGUGGAAUGGGUGAAAUCACCUGCUGGCGGGCUGCUGGGGCAGAGUUUACGCGCUGCCAUCAAUGGCGAGCUCAGGUCAUACUUGAACCUGGUUGCGACAUUGGAAGCUCAAAUACGUCGAGCCUUGUCUUCGUUGGACGAGGGUGCGCCGAGGAGUGGAAUAGGCAUUGCAGGGGUGACACUCAAACGGUGCGUGGUAUGGACCAGAGAGGCGACGAUGGGACUGCGGCUUUUGAGUCUGAUUGCCGAGGAAUCGAAAAGCAAGAAAGGUGGGCAGCUCAUCUCACUCAUCCAUGGCUUCUCGACCUCACAUGGAGAUCCCAUUGUUGCUGCUUUUGCGGAGCGACUACUCGGCUCUGUGACACGGCCAUUCUACGACAUCCUUCGACACUGGAUAUAUGACGGAGAGCUACAAGAUCCAUAUCAAGAGUUCUUUGUCAAAGAGCAGGACCCGAAUGAUGAGGAUCGCCUGGACCUCAAAUCUCGCGGCCAAAGUAGUGUUUGGAACGACAAGUACGAGGUUUGCAAGGGCAUGAUACCAAGCAUCAUAACCGACGACUUCGCCCAGAAAGUUUUUCUGAUCGGCAAGUCUCUCAACUUCAUCCGCCAUAGCUGUGGCGAUGCACAAUGGGUGGACGAUUACUCGAAAUCAUCCUCCAAGGAGCUUCGAUACGGUGACACAGCCACCCUCGAGGCUUGGAUUGAUGAAGCGUACAAGACGACCAUGAAGCGUCUGAUGGACCUGAUGACUACCAAAUUCCACCUAUUUGACCAUCUGAGGGCGCUCAAAAGCUACCUCCUUCUCGGCCAAGGCGAUUUCAUCGCCUUGCUGAUGGAAUCCCUCGCUGCGAACCUCGACCGCCCAGCAGGUGCACAAUACCGACACACCCUCACAGCGCAGUUGGAACACGCAAUACGCGGCUCCAACGCGCAAUACGACUCGUCCGAGGUGCUUCGCCGCCUCGACGCACGUAUGCUCCAGCUAUCACAUGGCGACAUAGGCUGGGAUUGCUUCACGCUGGAAUACAAAGUCGACGCGCCCAUCGACGUGGUUAUCACGGAUUUUGGCAACCGACAGUACCUCAAAGUUUUCAAUUUCCUCUGGAAGAUCAAACGCGUUGAGUUCGCGCUCUCGUCUACCUGGCGGAAGUGCAUGACUGGGGCACGUGGCGUGCUCCAGUCUACCGAUGCGUCUGUACUCGAGACGUGGAAAUCAACCCGAGGCGUGCUCGCCGAGAUGAUCCAUUUCGUUGGCCAGCUGCAGUACUAUAUCCUUUUUGAAGUUAUUGAAUCCAGCUGGGAUGAACUGCAGAAGGGCAUCACGAAAGACGACUGCACGCUUGAUGAUCUGAUCAAGGCGCACAACAAAUUCCUCAGCAACAUCACGCACAAGGGCUUACUGGGCGCCAAGAGGAAGCAGUACGUGGCGCCCGGUAUGACGGAGAUGGAAGACAGGAGCGACUACAUGACACAGCUAAAGGUCAUCCUCGACAGCAUGCUCUCCUAUCGGGAAUGUGUGGAUGGCCUGUACUCGUGGUCCGUCUCGGAGUUUACUCGACGACAGGAGGCGGACGUGCGCACAGCCGCCACGUCGCGGAAACCACCCUUCCCGCCAUCGAAACACAUGAAAUCCGCAUCCGUCGCGACGAGCACCAGGGGCUCGUACCCCAACACGCCCGUGGUCGACACCCCGACUGAGGACCCCUUCGCGUCCUUCGGCAGCACCGUCGUCUCUGAGCUCCCCGCGCUGCAGGAGCGCCUGAGGCACCUGGCGACGGGCUUCCAAAAGAGGCUGUGCCUCCUCCUCGGGGACCUGGCAUACCAGCCCGACGUGGACAUGCGCUUCCUGGGCGUCGCCAUGAACUUCAACGACGCGUACCAGCCUAUGCGGAACAAGAGGUCCAAGACUGCGUCCUCGGCGACGGGGUCGCAGACGGUCAAGAGCGAAACUCUGAGUACCGCAAAGACUUUGUAA